AUGGAUCACAUAGAAGUUACGAAUCGAACGGCACCUGAUCCGCCGCCACCUCCGAAUGUUCAGCCACCGUUGCCUUUGGAUCCACCGCCCUUAGAUCAGAAAUAUAUUUUGUCAGUUAAACAAGAGAUAGAUGAUAGUAAAUACGAGAACAACUCUAACGAAGAAGUACCUGAUAUACAAAACAGAGAGACAGUUAACGGCACAAAUAGUACACAGCAGGCACCAGCGGAAAAAACUAAAGUAACAAUAUGCAGAGACUUCAUAAGAGGGUCAUGUAAACGACUCGGAAAUUGUAGAUAUGCACACAAAUAUGAUCUGAGCCAAUUAGUGGGUGUGUAUACAUUUUGUCAUGACUAUCAAACUUCAGUAUGCACAUAUCCAAACUGCAAAUAUGUGCAUGCGACCGUAUUUGAAGAGCAUCACUUCUAUAGAACAGGAGUGUUACCGCCUCAUGCGUUGGCUCAUCUCAAUAAAGUUAAUGUGAAUGUAGUACAACCGCCACCACCACCACCGCCACCUCCACCACAACCACAAGAUGUCCCGAAUAAUUUUUCGCACGUACCAAUGAAUACGCCAAUGAUGUUCACAGUUCCACCACCGAAAUUACAAAACGAAAUAUCACAAGUUGACCUCACAAACGCCAGGACAUCGAAAAAAACCUUCCUCGAACACUUCGGCAGCUCGCCCAGCGACCGCGACACCUAUGAACCGUUCCCAAAAAAAUGCAAACAUUGUGAUAUCAUGGAUUUCAGAUUGCAAUACCACAAAGAGGAGGUAGAAAAAAUGGAGCUGGCUAGGGAUCAAAAAAUUGAAAACACAUGUCUAUUAGAAAGGAAAAAGAAGAAAAUUAAUGCACUAAUUUUAACUCUAUUCAAAUUAUCAUCCAAGAAUCAAAAUCAUAGCAGCGACAAAGAAACCAAUCAUGGUGGUGAUAAAGACAAGAUGUUAUUGGAGCAGCUAAGCAGUAUUUUUAGUGUCAACGGUAGAAUGUCAGCGCUUGGAGAGGAUGAAUAA